AGUGAAGUUCUAUGCUUCUAAAUGGCGGCGAUCUCACGGUCAAAACCCAAACGCCUCCUCUCCAUCCUGUCAUCCUGUUCGUCCAUCUCCUCAUCAUCACCACACUCUUACGAUCCCGAAGCAGACCGCAACGAAACCCUAAUCUCCACCGCCAUCUCCAUCCUCAAAGAACACCGAUCACGCUCCCGCUGGUCCCAGCUCAAAGCCAUCCUUCCCUCCACCGGCAUCCCCCCUUCCGCCAUCGUCCGCAUCCUCUCCGCCCUCCGCAACCGCCCCCACCUCGCCCUCGCCUUCUUCACCUUCUCCCGUUGCAACGACCUCCUCUCCUUCUCCGCCGCCGCCCACAUCGCCGCCCGCUCACGUCUCCGCCCCGCCGCCCUCCGCCUUCUCAGCUCCGCCGUCCGCCUCUACGAUUCCCCGGCGAUCUUCGAAACCCUAACCAGGACCUACCGCUCCUUCGACUCUGCCCCCUUCGUCUUCGAUCUCCUCAUCUUAGCCUAUCUCGAUGCAAAGAAACUCGAUCGUGCGGUCUACAUCACCCGGCUUCUCCUAUCCCGAGGCAUCCAUCCCUUGCUGUCUACCUCCAACUCCUUGAUCCGAUCCGUCGCCAAGCUUAACGGGUCGGAUGCGGGUCUCGGACUCUACCAAGAACUAUUCGGAUCCGAUAAUCCAAGAGUAUCACCCAACGUUCAAAUCUUCAACACUCUCUUACUAGCUUUGUACCAAGACCGGCAAUCGGAUCGGGUGCAUGAAAUCCGGGUCGAGAUGGAGAAGCUUCGGGUGGAUCCGAACGUGUUCACGUAUAGCAUUUUGUUAGCGGGUCUGUGUGAGGAUGGUAAGAGGAUCCGAGAAGCGAAGGAGUUAUGGGACGAGAUGGCGGGAAAAGGAAUCAAACCUGAUAUCAUGGCCUUCAAUGCCAUGAUCAACGGUUACUGUAAAGCGGGUGAGAUGGAAAUGGCCGAAGAGUUGCAUCGGGAUAUGGUUUUGAAUGGGAUUGAUGCCACGUGUACGACUUAUGAGCAUUUGAUCAGGGGGCAUUGUGAGGUUGGUGAUCUCGAGACAGGUAUGGUGUUGUACAAGGAUAUGAAGAGGAAAGGGUUUGGGGCUGGGGUUGAGGUUGUAGAUGAGGUGCUUGAUGAAAUGUGUAAAAGAGAUAGGGUUGAUGAAGGGUUAGUGAUUUUGAGGAAGGAGAUGAAGAGAGAGGGCUUUAGUCCGAGCCGGAGAAGUUACGAGAUACUGAUCAGAGGUUUUUGUGAGAGAGGGAUGAUGGAGAUAGCAGCGAAGCUUCAGGCGGAGAUGGCCGGGCGAGGGUUUGAAGCCGAUAAGAAGGUUUAUGAUGCUUUUGUGGAAGGGUAUAGAAGGAUUGGCGAUGAAGAGAAAGUGAUGAGGUUGUGUGAUGAGAUGAAUCACAUGAUCACAUUCAAAGAAUCAGUGACUGAAAUACAUUGAAUCAUAGUUCUGGU